CCCGGCUGCCGGCCCCUUCAUGCUCGGCGCACGCCAUGCCCGUGCCGUAGCCGGGGGCCCCUCCUCACGUCCCGCAUGUUCAGGACCAAACGCUCGCUCCUCGUCCGACGGCUCUGGCGGAGCCGCGCACCCGGCGGCGGAGAGGAGGAGACGGGCGACGGCGGACCGCCGGCCGAGCCUCGGCCGCACUCAUGCGGCGGGGGGGGCCGGGGGUGCUGCCCGGCCAAACCCCCCCGCGGGGGCGGCCGGGGGGCGGCGGAGGGCGAGCUGAAGGCGCUGACCCACGCCGUGCUGAAGCGCUGCAAGGAGCGGCAGCUGGAGGGGCUGCUGCGCGCCGUCGAGUCCCGCGGGGCGGCCCGCACCCCAUGCGUGCUGCUGCCGGCGCGCGGAGAGGCGCGGCUGGGCGCGCAGCGGGACGCGCUGCCCGCGCUGCUGUGCCGGGUGUUCCGCUGGCCCGAGCUGCGGCACGGCGCGCCCCUCAAGAGGCUCCGCGGCUGCUGCCAGGCCGACGGCGCGGCGUCCACCGAGCUCGUCUGCUGCAACCCGCACCACCUCAGCCGCCUCUGCGAGCUCGAGUCGCCCCCUCCGCCCUACUCCAGAUAUCCCAUGGAUUUCCUCAAGCCGUCGGCAGGUUGUCCAGACUCUGUGCCUUCCUCCACUGAAACAGGGGGAACUAAUUGUCUAGCCCCUGGGGGGCUCUCAGAUUCCCAAGUUCUACAGGAGUCAGGGGAUAACUCACACUGGUGCGUGGUGGCAUACUGGGAAGAGAAGACACGCGUGGGUCGGCUGUAUUCUGUCCAAGAGCCCUCCCUGGAUAUCUUCUAUGAUCUACCUCAGGGGAAUGGCUUCUGCCUCGGGCAGCUCAACUCGGACAACAGAAGCCAGCUGGUGCAGAAGGUGCGCAGCAAGAUCGGGUACGGCAUCCAGCUCACCAAGGAGGUGGACGGCGUGUGGGUCUACAACCGCAGCAGCUACCCCAUCUUCAUCAAGUCGGCCACACUGGACAACCCCGACUCCAGGACGUUGCUGGUGCACAAAGUGUUCCCGGGUUUUUCCAUCAAGGCUUUCGAUUACGAGAAGGCGUACAGCCUGCAGAGGCCGAACGACCACGAGUUCAUGCAGCAGCCGUGGACUGGAUUUACCGUGCAGAUCAGCUUUGUGAAGGGCUGGGGCCAGUGCUACACCAGACAGUUCAUCAGCAGCUGCCCGUGCUGGUUAGAGGUUAUUUUUAAUAACCGAUGACACGAGACGGAGCGGACUCACGACAUUUAUACUACUUUGCUGCUAUUACUUCCUUCUGAGUGCUUGCUUUUCAUGCAACCUUUUUGUUUUUGUUUCGUUUUGUUUGUUGUUUUUUUUUGGGUUUUUUUUUUUUCUCCCCCCUAUUUUGAGAAAUAGCUUAUGGAAAGAUUUUCGCCUGGGUAUUUUGAUAAAUAGAUCUAUUUUUUGAACGUGCGAACGACCAAUAACUCGAGAGGAGGGCGCGUGGGGCAGGGAGAGAUCGCAUAUGAUCAUCAUUUCCCACUUCCCAAAGGAUUGUUCUAUGUGAUGGAUGGGUCGGGAGCCACUUGCUCUUGGGUAGCGUGAGGGGAUCCUUCUAUUUUUCACGCCUCCUAGUCCCAAUGCUGGUGGCACCCGACCAGUACCCCUGCCCAGCAGUGCUAACCCAACGUAGCCCCACCAAUGGUGCACAGACUUCCCACCAGGUCUUACUCCACCCGUGUGGUUUUUGCCAUUGGGCCGUUGCUGUUGUUGGGUUCACCUCCUGCCCAUCCUUCCCAUCCGCCCAUCUUUCCGCAGCGUUUUUCCUGUCAUCGUGGAUUAAUACAAGGGGAGAAAAUGGCGAUGAAGAAACUGUGCGUGGCCCGUGCUUUGCGGUUGGAGCUGAGAUGUGACGUAAGCUAGGAGAAGAAACAAACAGACAAACAAACAAACAAACAAAAGAAACAAGCAGCAAAACAAAACAAAAACAAAACAAAAAAAUGGGGAAUAAAAAAGUGUUGAGGAUAGUUGGUCUGUCGGAACCUGUUGGAUCAGGUUGCCCCAGCACCAUCGUAUCUGGAGACGCCGUUGUGCUUUCAUUUCUUCUUGAAUUCAUACACACGUAUGAUACUUUUACACUGUUCUUAGCUCAAUGAGCAUGUUUAGACCUUAACAUAAGCUAUUUUUCUAAAUACAAAGGUUUAAAUGAACAAGAGAGCAUUCUCAUCGGAACUUUGGCAUCGUAGUGCUUUGGAAAGAAAACACACACACAAAAAAAGGACUCCUUGAAAAAAAACCUGAGAUUUAUUAAAGAAAAAAAAAAUGUAUUUUAUGUUAUAUAUAGAUAUAUUAUUACUUGUAAAUACAAAGACGUUUUAUAAGCAUCAUUAUUUAUGUAUUGUGCAAUGUGUAUAAACGAGAAGAAUAAGAAAAGAUGCACUUUGCUUUAAUAUAAAUGCAAAUAACAAAUGCCAAAUUAAAA